AUGCCUUACUGUCUUAUCCUUGGUAUUUUAUCAAUGCAACGAUUAAUAUCAAAUGAAACAAAUUUAAAUGAUAUUGAAAUAACACCUAAUACAAUUUAUGUAAAAAGUCUUUUAUCACUUUAUUGUAGUCGAAUGGCAAAACCAUCUAUUGAAAAAUCUUCCUAUUUACAAACUAUUGGUGAUGGCCUACAUACUGAUAUUGACAUUUUUUGGACAGAUGAUAAUCAAAAACAUUCAUCGGUAUUUAUGUCAGGUGAUGAAGAAUCAUGGUCAAAACGAGGUGGUAUCGCUGGAGAUUUUCUUGCUUGUUUUGUUUUUCUUUUAAAUAUAUCUUGA